AUGGCAUUUUUGCAGGAUUCAGAUCCGAUUUUUAGAGACUACAUUAUUAAACAUUCACUUCCUCAGAUUUACAAGGCUUUACUUGCUGGCUUAUGUAUCUCUUGUCCUGAAGAUCCUUUACACUUUAUAGAGGAAAAAAUACUAUCAAUCCUACAGGAUCAAGAUUUUGAGAUUGUCUGGCACACUUUUAUUGACAAAGACAAACAAAUCUCCUCACUGGCAGGAGGCAUUGUGAAUUAUAUUUUUGGAUAUCCAGAAGACAGCCUGAAUCUGUCACAUUUGCUGGAGAAAGCUUACACUUGUUACCACACCAACCUGACUAAAAUGUGUUUCACGGGUUGGAAGAGUUACAUCUGGCAGAAGAAGAUGAAGGCUGCCCGGCUCCUUGAGAGAAUGGAGGAGGCAGAGAUAUAUCACACACAGAGAAGGAUAAAACUGGCUUUCAUAAAGUGGACAGCAUGGGUUCAGUUUCAGAAACAGCGAUGGAAAGAUGCAGAGAGGAAACUACAGAAGGUGCAAGAGUCUGUUCACUGCAGAAAAAUCAUCACGGCUUGGCAUCAUGUUGUGCAGGAUGCUAAGAGAACAAAGGAAUACUUUAAGAAACUAGAGAGAGAUAUGAAGGAAAGCCAGAACUUGGACAUACCACAGGGUGAUGGACAGGACAAACUGUCACUGCUGCCCAACAGGCUGUAUCUCAAGAUCUUCCAAAGUCUGGGUGUGCGUGACCUGCUGAAAUGUGCUCAGGUUUGUCAAUCAUGGAAAGCGAUCACUCAGAUCAGUUCACUGUGGACUGAGAUUGAUUUCUCUCCAGAGAGCAGCUGGAUCACAGAUCAGAUGGUGGAGAGAAUCCUGCGGCUUCACCGUGUUUAUGUGAUCUCUGUAAACCUGUGUGGUUGCAGCAUGGUGCAAAGACUAAGUUUCAGACGCAUCAGUACAUUUACCUUCAUUUGCCUAGCUACAUUCAUUUUUUGCUUUGUUAACCUUAUAAAUAUACUGAAUACUUUUAUUUUCAAAGGUCAAUGCAGGAAUCUUCAAGAACUGGAUCUCAGUGAAUGUCCAACUGUUAAUGAUGAAAAUAUGAAGAUGAUUUUAGAGGGGUGUCAGUCUCUCCUCGGUCUUAAUCUGGCCUGCACUCACAUUGCCAACGCCACAAUAAAAGUCCUGGGAAGUAGAUGCUGUGUGAUGCUGCGGUCUCUGAAUCUGGCAUAUUGCGUUCAUUUCUCUGAUAAAGGCCUACAGUAUCUGACCACAGGGACGGGUUGUCGCAGACUCCGCCAUCUUAACCUCUCUGGUUGCUCCCAGAUAACUGUGGAUGGAUUUACAUGUAUUGCAGAGACUUGCAACUCACUUCAACAGAUUGUGUUGAAUGAUCUGCCCACCUUAACUGACAUCUGUGUGCAGGUCUUAGUGUCUAGAUGUCGUAUGCUGACUGGGAUUUCUUUACUGGACUCAACAAAUUUGUCUGAUGCGGCAUUCAAAGCUGUCGCUGAAGUGAUCGACCUCACCAAGAUCCUAAUCGAAGGUAAUGAUGUAAUCACAGACAGCAGUGUGAAGGCUCUGUGCCGGAGCUGUCGGAAACUCUCUGAGCUCCAUCUGUCCUGCUGUCCUCGAGUGACUGAUGCCUGCUUCAAGACUUUAGGAAAUCUGACAAAACUUUGUAACUUAAAUAUCUCUGGCUGUUUUAAGGUGACUGAUAUGGGCCUCCAUUACAUCACUGAAGGACCGUCUGCCGGUCAACUGCGAGAGCUUGAUCUUUCCUACUGCCUAAAGAUUACUGAUCUGUCCCUGAGGAGAAUAACUCAGAAAUGCAUCAGUCUGACCAACCUAGCCUUGUGUUUCUGCGAAAACCUGACAGACAAUGGGUUCGAGUGUCUGGACAAAUGUUCUUCUCUCAUCUCUCUGGACAUCUCUGGCUGCAAAAUACAUGACAAAGGACUAGCAACUCUGGGAGCAAACCCCAGUCUGAGAAAACUGACCGCAGCCGAGUGUGUUUUCAUUACAGAUAUUGGAAUAAAGAUGUUUUGCCGGCUAUGUCAGCGUCUGGAGCUUUUGGAUGUGUGUCAGUGUGUGCGUCUGUCUGACCGAGCGAUUAAAGCCCUUUCCUUCUUCUGCAGAACCAUCGCCACUGUCAAAAUAGCUGGAUGCCCCAAAAUGACCGAUGCAGCAGUGAAGUAUCUAACCAGAGCUGGUCAUUUCCUGAGGGAACUGGAUGUGAGUGGUUGUUCUCUCUUGACCGACCACACAGUCUGCUUUCUUCAGUGCAGCUGUUUGCAUCUGCGCUCCAUCAACAUGCUUUACUGCAGGAACAUCUCCAGACAGGCUGCUCUGAAGCUCCACCACCGUGUCCAACGCUGGAAACACAGUAAUGAUGACGGGCCUACAUUCUGGAUUAAUGACAGCUAGACUGGAGAAACACAAGCUGAGUUUCCUUCACCCUGUGUUGAUGCACAUUUUGAAGUAUCACUUGAAAACGACUGAUAGAAA